ACAACCACAGCAGCAGGAUCGAUCUCGCACAGGCACAACACAUAGAGGAAACCAUAGAAUCUAGCUAGCUAGAGCGCCAUGGCCAAGAAGUGCUUUGGCACUGUCGUCGCACCCCUCCUCCUGCUCUCCCUCGCUGUAGGGGCGCACGCCGUGGCAGCGGCCAGGACCGCGCCUGCUGGGGGCACGGCGGAGGCCUCGCUUCCGGCCGCUGCCGCCACGGAGAGCAGCGCCAGUGCAGGAGUUGCGGGAACGGCGGACGCGAAGAACCUGUUCGUGGGAGUGGGAGGCAUGGGGGACCUGCCGGGCCUCCCGGCCGUGGGCGGCGGCUACGGCGGGGGCUUCAGCAACAAUGGCGCAGGCGUCUUCACCGGCGUCACGGGCCCGCUCGGCGGAGUCGGCGGCGGCGUGGGGAGCGUCGGACCAGUCGGAGGCGUCGGUGGCGCCGGAGGGAUCCCGUUCGGAGGGUUCGCCGGCGGCGGCUCCCCGUUCGGCGGGGUCGGAGGCGGGUACGGCGGCGGGGGCGCCGGCGGCGUCACACCUUAAGCUGAGGCACCUCGUAGCCAAUUCCUGCAGAGCCGGGGCAUGGACGUCCGCGUUGUACGUAGAUGCGGUGCAUGGGCAUGGCCCACCGCACCUGCGUACGCACGCAUAGACGUGUGGCUUGCCUUAACAGAACCUGUUCGUGCUGUUGGAGAAUAUGUUUCUUGGUGUGUGCC